GUUUACUAUUCAUAUUAAGCUCGUUUUGGGUAAAUGCAAGGAAUUUUACGUUUUUCUUUUCGUGAGAUGCAUUUGUUGAACAUCGCUUAGUUGUUUUCGUUCUUAAGAAAUUAUAUAUAAACUUACUUGCAUCGUAUGACGUCCUAACUUGUCUGUGGUUAUAAUGCGUUGAAAUUUGAACAAGGAGGUAGGAGAGUAGCUGAAAAUGCUCUUAUUUUAUCUACGUGAUUUGUAUCUAGUUAAAUAUUGAUUAUACCAAUGCGAGAGUUCUGCAAAAUUAAUUGUUUAUUUGCAGCAAUUAAUUGCUUGCUGGUUUUGAAGGAAAACAUGCCCUAUGUGUUUUCAUAGUGGAGACUUUCAUUACAAAAUUGAAACAAGGCUUCUGCACGCUUUUGGCAGUUCUUAUUUUGAUAAGCAGCUUUCAGAAGAACUAUUGCAUUAGUUGUACCAGGAUGAUGGAAGAAGUGAAUUUGAUUUGUUCUCUUUUGUAAAUGUAAGGUUUUUAGCUUCUACAAAGGCGGUGUUAGUAGAUAGUCCAUGGUUGGUUACUCAAACAAGCAGGAAAAGAAAAAGAAGAGGCAAAAACGGAGAUUCUCUGUGGCUGAUAAGGUUUUGUAGAGUUUCUGAUGAACCAAAUUUGGUAGCACUUGCACUAUCAUUUAGAGGUUUGCCGGUAUCCAAAGUUGGCAUUGUACAAUACCCACAUAUGUCAGCUUGAAUGAUUAAUCCUCAGAGAAACAGUCUUGGAGACAGGAAUGUGGAGCAGGCAAUAAUAGCCAUAAAGAGGGGAUCAUAUCUUCUCAAGUAUGGGUGUACAGGAAAACCGAAGUUUUGCCCUUUCCGGCUUUCAACUGAUGAGACAAGACUAAUAUGGUAUCAUGGAGAGGAGAAAAAUCUCCAGCUUAGUCAUGUUUCAACAAUUAUUCCCGGGCAGCAUACUGCAACAUUUCAGCGUUAUCCUCGACCUGAUAAAGAAUAUCAAUCAUUCUCUCUUAUAUAUGGCAAACGUUCUUUGGAUUUGAUUUGCAAAGACAAGAAUGAGGCAGAAAUAUGGUUUAUAGCCCUCAGGACAUUGAUUUCUCGGGAUAACUGUGAAAAAAGUAGCCAUAGUGCUUUAUCUGACAGUUCAAGUGCCCUGACCCAGCAAAGUUCUCAUUCCAUUUUGUCAAGCAGCAGCAGCAGCAAUGUUGUCAAUGAGGAUCAAAGGAAAAAGCAAUCAGUUCUGCAUCCAUAUGAGAGUCCCCCUCAUAAAAGAUUGGUAAGAGCCCUCUCUGAUAUGCUAGUGUAUAAUGAUGCAGCACCAUGUUCUCCCCAGAAAGAUUUAAAGUCCAAUUCCAUUGGUUCAAGAUCGCUUAAGAACUUAAAUUAUGAAAAUGGGCAUAGCUCUGUGGAUACAUUCCGAGUUAGUCUCUCCAGUGCCGCAAGUUCACCUAGUCAAAGAUCUCUUGAAAAUUUUGAUACAGACAUCCUAAUUUGGGGAGAAAGAACUGGUGAUGAUCUGUUGGGUGGUGGAAAGUUUCCUUCGUCUGCAACAAGGGAUGCUUUAUUGCCAAAGACUCUGGAAUCAGCAUUGGUACUUGAUGCUCAAAUUAUUGCCUGUGGGAGCAGACAUGCUGUUCUAAUCACAAAACAUGGAGAGACUUUUAGCUGGGGAGAGGGCUCUUUUGGACAACUAGGGCAUGGAGUAGAGUCAGAUAUCUAUAACCCAAAGCUUAUUAACACUCUUAGUGGGUUGAAAAUUACAUCUGCAGCUUGUGGAGAAUACCAUACUUGUGCUAUAACUGUUGAUGGAGAACUCUACACCUGGGGUGAGGGUACUUACAACUUUUGUCUCCUUGGGCAUGGCACUGGAAUCAGUCACUGGACCCCCAAAAAGGUAAGAGGUCCAUUGGAGGAUAAACAGGUAUUAAUGGUCUCUUGUGGACCUUGGCAUUCAGCUGUUGUAACAUCCAUGGGCCAAUUGUUUACGUUUGGGGAUGGAACUUUUGGUGCACUAGGGCAUGGAGAUCAUUGUAACACUAGCAUUCCAAGGGAAGUUGAAACUCUUAAAGGACUAAGAGCACUGAAAGUUUCAUGUGGAUAUUGGCACACCGCUGCUAUUGUGGAGUCUUCUUUAGAAAACUCUGAUUCUGAUCAGUCUUCAACUGGCAGGCUGUUUACUUGGGGAAAUGGGAAUGAAGGUCAGCUUGGACAUGGGGAUGAAGCCUCUAGACUUGUACCAUGUUGUAUUACCAUGUUACAUGGCACAAACUUCUGUCAAGUUGCAUGCGGUCAUAGCAUCACAGUUGCUCUUACAACCUCAGGACAAGUAUAUACUAUGGGAAGUUCUGAUUAUGGACAACUUGGGAUUCCUGAGAGUACAGGGAAACUCCCUUCUUGUGUUCAUGGAAAAAUUAAAAACAGUUUUAUUGAAGAAAUAGCAUGUGGUUCUUUUCAUGUUGCAGUAUUGAGUUCACAAUCUGAGGUUUACACAUGGGGAAAGGGUGGAAAUGGUCAACUAGGACAUGGAGAAAAUUAUGACAGAAGCACACCUACUCGUGUUGAAGCUCUGAAAGACAGAUGCAUAAAGAGUGUGGUUUGUGGGAAGAAUUUUACUGCUGCCAUUUGUCUUCACAAAGAAGUGUCAAUAGCUGAUCAUUCUAUUAUUUGUUCUGGUUGCCGCCGCCCAUUUAACUUCAGACGUAAGUGUCACAACUGCUACAAUUGUGGGCUAGUUUUUUGCGGUACUUGCACAAGCAAGAAAUCUCUAAAAGCUUCCUUGGCUCCGAGUCUGCAUAAACCUUAUCGUGUGUGUGAAGAUUGCUUUACUAAACUGAACAAGGGUUUGGAUGUUGCAUUGAGUACUUUACCGCCAAAGGCCUUAGUUUCACAUAAGAGUUUUAGUGAGCAAAAGGAGAAAGAGUCUGUCCACACUAAGCCAAAAGGCAUUCUGUCUCGUCUCUUAUCACUUGAUUCAUUCAAAUGGCCUGAAACUUGGCAUUCCAAAAAGAACCAGAAACACGAUUCAAGCUUCAGCCAUACCCCUAAUGGAAGUCCUCAGUCAUGUCCAUCUAUGCGUGAUUAUUCUGACAAAACACCAUUUCUCAUUCCUGGAACACCAAAUCAUUCUCUAUCAGGUUCUCAAUCAGGUUCUCUAUCAGGUUCUCCUGUAUCUAGAAAGCCAAAUCAUUCUCAUUCAUUUUCAGUUCCAUGUAAUUUUUCUCUGAUGGAAAGCCCUCAAGUUCUUUCUAAUGCAAGGGAUACAAGCGAAGAUCUCACAAAAGAACUAUCAAUUUUAAGAGAGCAGGUGGAAACUCUCACCAGUAGAUCACAUUUCUUAGAAGUAGAACUUAAAACAACACUAAAGCAGUUGUUGGAGUCACAUGAAGUAGCCAGAGUUGAAACCAGGAAAAACAUUGCUGCGAAGGAAGUAAUAAGAUGUCUGGUGACACAGUUGAAGGACUUGGCUGCAAGAUUGCCUCGUGAUACUUCCUCCUGCAGAAAUUUGGAUCCAUCCAUUGAUGACACCUUAAACACACCGUGCAUCUCUCCUUGGUGGAGUAAAUUGUCAAAGUAGGCAUAUUUGGCUUUUGUUUCAUAUGAAUGGGUACACAAUUCAGUGCAUUUUAAGGUUGGGGAAUGUUUGGCUUCUCCAUCCUUUUCGAUCUCCCGGGGACGCAAGAGCCAUGUUCAACUCUAUUUGACUAUGUUAAGACAGUACUUAGUCUGUAGUUCUGAGCAGACAGCAUGCAUUCAACUUCGUAUAUAAUGUGUAGCACUAGGAAGAGAAGAUGCAAGUGUAAAUCAUGAUACGAGCGAGGUACAGUUUUUUUGUUUUUUUGUUUUUUUGUUUUU